AGACAAUCCCAACAAGCCUUACAUGGGUCUGGAGCCCCGUACGCCGUGCGUGUGUUGUGAAUUUAAUCCCCGGGAUCCUUCCGUCCUUGUCAGCGGUCUUAUGACAGGCCAAGUCUGCAACUGGGAUAUCAGGACCGGCAAUAGACCCGUGCAGAGCUCCCAUCUGCAAUUCAGUCACAGAGAAUCUGCGAACGCAGUGAAAUGGGUACCCACGAAGAGCAACUCGGAAUUUUUCUCUCUUCCACCGACGGCUGUGCCAUGUGGUGGGACACUCGAUGGCUUCGGGAGCCGACCGAGAUCCUCAUGUUCGACCUCGAGUACCCAAACGAUCCGGACAUGGACAGGUCUAUCGGUGUUUCCUGCGUGAAUUUCGGCCCCAUGGUCGGCACCAAUUUUAUGUUCGGCCUGGAGAACGGCCAGGUCUUGACAGGGUCCAGGAAGAUGAGGACGAACUCGGAGAAGCUGGCGGUUCGAUUCGAGACACACUUUGGAUCAGUUAGAUCCGUUGAUCGGAAUAUCUUCAAUCCAUCUAUAUUCCUGACAGUAGGAGACUGGAGAGCUCGAAUCUGGGCCGAAGACACCAGGGAAGGAAGCCUGGUUUCCACGCCCUUCUUGAUGGAAUAUCCAACGAGUGGAUGUUGGAACCAGGUAAGACACUCCGUCUUUUACGUGACUACUGCACUCGGACGGCUGCUGGUCUGGGAUAUUCUUCAGACACUUCGUCAGCCAGUGUUCACGUUGCAGCUGUGCGAAGAGAAGCUCACCUCUCUCGCUCCUUGCGAAGAGGGUGCUGCUGUGGCCAUAGGCACCUACGGAGGCAAGGUAUAUCUCGUCGAACCGACGGAUUCCUUUCAGUCGUUCGACAGAAAGGACAGAAGUUUCCUUUCGGAGUAUUUAGAAAGAUCCUCGAAAUUAACGAAGGCGGUGGAUCUGCGAUUGAGGGAAAUCAAACUGACGCACAAGAUCACGGGUAAAGAUGAAAGCGAAGAACCGUCGAAGGAGAAAGCUAGGGUAACGAGGAGGGACCCGAGCAAAAUAAAAAUGAAGGGACAGGAUUCGAAGUUAAAAGACCGGGACAGGAUGCCGAAGGAGAAGAAAAGGGUGCGCGAGGAUGAUCCAGAAAUUUUGGAUGCCGAAGCGAAAUACUUCGAAGCUGUACAGAAGGAGUUGGAGAAGUAUGCCAGGGAUGAUCCAGUUGUCAUCCCAAUGGCGUCUCCAGCGCCGAGGAAAUCCGACAAGAAGCGAAGACAGUCGCAAGCAGCGUCGGUGUACGAGGGCGAGAAAGCGGAGAAAGUCGCGAAGAAAUCCGCGGCGAAGGAGGAAAUGAGGAGCAGGAAGUCAGUGAGACGAAUCUCGGAGACGAAGAAGCAGUUGUCCUUACAGGAAAUAGCCACUCAACGAUCGAAGCAAUCGAUGAGAGACCUCAGAGACACGGUGGCUGUCAGCUCGAAGAAGCCGAAGACGAGGAAGAAGCGUAGGAAGAAGAAACGUAAGGAGAUCAGGUUCGUGCUACCUGUGCCUUGCAAGGGGGAGAUUUGCAGGCCGAAAGUCUGCUGCUGGAGGUCAGGCGGAAGAGAAAGGUGGAGAGAGAGAUCGUCGAUUGUCAGAAGAUCGAGCAUGAAAGAUGGCUCUACGGCUUCUAUCAAGUCGGCCACGAGUGAUUGGAAGUUUGACAAGAAGGCGAGGCGUCUGCUGGAGGAAAUGCGGAAACCGCCUACGGAGCUGACAGAAGACGCUGCCAGGGCCAAGGCAGAGAUCAAGAUUGCGGCGACCAUGCCUAGAGGGACGAAGAAGAGAAGACACGUCGUUCGAUGGUCUACCGAUAUCAGAAAAUUACGGCCUCUGAAAGCAAGAGGAAAAAUCGGUCCUAUAUACGAGGGACCAGGAAAAUUCGAAGGAAAAGAAGAAGAAGAAGAAGACUCGAGGACGCAAAUAGCGUCGUUGAUGAAAAGGCCAGGAAGACGAAGAAUCGCAUUGGAUCCUUGCAGUCCUCCACAGGCAAAAGGAGUUGUAGAAUUAUACACUGCUAUCCUUGGUGUGUCACCUCCUGAAGAGAUCGAGGAGAGAAUCGUGGGCAGACAUUAUUUGGAGGCGUAUCAGCGUAUUCGCAAGAGAAUUUUUCCACGAAUUUCAGAAUAUGGCUAUAUUGAGUGA